AUGACGAACUCUACGUGCGCGGCUGCGAGUUGCUCGUACAACAGAAGAAAUGUACGAAAGCUAAAACUCGACAUCGUAUUCCAUACCUUCCCGCGUGAUGCGCUACUGAGGAAGAAGUGGGUAAAGUUUUGCGGACGAGGAGCGGAAUGGUCCCCAAAAUCCAACGAAACCAUAUGCUCCGUUCAUUUCAAAGAGGAAGAUUAUCAAAUGGCCAUGUCUCCGUUGAUGAGAAGCUCCAACAGUUUCAGACGGCUACAUUUAACGGCGUUUCCAUCGAUUUUGAAAGGAACACCUAUGCCGAUUGAGAAACGCAGACAAAGGGACGAGAAAGUGCGGCAACAACUUUUGGACGAGUUGUAUAGUAAAGACGCUCAGAUACGGGAUAACGACCAUUCGUAUGACGACAUCUAUAAUAUAGACAACAUAAAGCAAAAACAACCGAAUCCGUUGGAUAAACCCGUCUAUCGUCUGCAAAAGUUUCCCUAUUUGUGCAUGCUCUGCUUCAAAGAUAUUGUUGAAGAGAAUUUGUUCUCACCGUUCAAUUCCUACCAUGACGAUCUGGAAUGUACACUCGAGCAGAUGUACGAAGAAGUUACUGGGGAUCCAAUGGACCAAGAGGAGCGUGCCAGUAUCAAUCAUCUGCUGCCGGAUAAGGUGUGCGAGGAUUGCAUGGAAGCACUCAUCACAUGUUACCAAUACCAAAAACAACUGAAAUGUCUCAAAAAGUUCGCCACAGGGAUGGCCUAUUUGAUACAAGGAAACAAAAAACCAAUGCAAGCUCUCUACGGAGAGCAAGACACGUAUCUGGUGAGCCUUUUGCAAAGUCUCAACAUUUGCCAGGGGUCCGAGGAUAAAAUGACGUUAUCAAGAUUGGAGCAAGAAGUGGCAAUGUAUCGUCUAGUUGUGCCACAUGCCAACCUCGAACAGGAUGAGGUAGAACAAUUCAUACCUUCCAUUCCGAUGGUUAUCGAUGAACAAUAUGACGAACUGAUUGAGGAAGAAUCUGUAAUAGAUAUGGAUUCGAUAUCAAUUCCCUCAGUUACCAUCGAAUCUUGUCGAAGCAUAUCCCCGCAGAAACUGACCCCAGCACGUGGGCGACCGCGGAAAGGUUUGAAAGGUAUGGACCCUAAUGGUUACUUUGUGUGCCCCUAUCCGGAUGUAUGUAAGCUAUGGUACCGGGAUGAAACCACGCUGCAGAAUCACGUCCGUAGUGAUCAUAAAUUCUUCAAGUGCCGUAGCUGCGGUGCAAAGAUAAAGUUCUACGAUUUGUACAAAAAGCACGUCGAGAGUCAUGCUAUCGCACGCGCUUUACUGCUGUGCCAUAAUCAAAAGGGAUCGAAUAAGGAAAGUAAAUGCAGUACCUGCCAGAAGGCAUUUCAAAGUGAGGAACUACUUCGGCGCCACGAAACGACCCAUUCAGGAGAGCGAAACUACGUAUGCGGAACGUGUCUCGGUGUGUAUCUAACAGAUCAGGAGUACAGCAAGCAUAGAUGUGUGGCGCACGUAGUGAAGCUAAGUUCUACCAAAAAUACUUCCGCCCAGCAAUCUAGCGAUGAAACUUCGCAGGCAUAG